CAAGUCAAUAGUUAAUAAUACUAUUCACACACACCCAAUAUAAAUACUCCAUUCUCCUGCCUUUGAGCGAAACCCACACUGAAGCAGUUACAGAGAAAUUGGCCAAGAAGAAGAUGACCUCCAUCACUGCACUCAAGCUCACGCCUGUUCUCUUCUUCUUCUUCCUUCUCUCUACAUUAGUUUCAGGAAAAACUUCUCGCGAUGUCACCGAGUUGCAGAUUGGAGUGAAGUAUAAGCCAGAAUCUUGCGAAAUUAAAGCUCACAAAGGUGAUCAAAUCAGAGUACACUACAAGGGGACACUCACUGAUGGAACUGUUUUUGAUUCAAGUUUCGACAGAAAUGAUCCAAUUCAAUUUGAACUUGGCUCUGGCCAAGUGAUCAAAGGAUGGGACCAAGGACUGUUGGGAAUGUGUGUUGGUGAAAAGCGAAAGUUGAGAAUACCAGCAAAACUUGGUUAUGGGCCGCAGGGUUCUCCACCUACUAUCCCAGGUGGGGCAACGCUUAUAUUUGAAACUGAGCUUGUUGAAGUGGUGGGGAAAUCAUCACCAAAAGAUAGCGAACUCUAGUUUGGUCAACUACAUAAUUUCCUGUAGUGGCGUGCCCAUUUCUGUCUGCUUUUUCUCCCUAUAUGAAAUUGUAGUGCUCUUUAGUGUCUUUUUUUAUUCUCUUUUGUUUUUCAAGACUUAUUAGUAUUUAUUACACUUCUUAUAUUUUUAGUUAAGCUUCAAGACUUAGAAAUAAAUAUUAUCUUAAUGAGAAGGUUUUGUAGUGUGUGGAUUUUAAAGUUUCCAUACUCAAGUUAGAAGGAAAAAAAGAACCCACUUCACUUC